AUGGUGGAUCAGACACGGUACGAUGGUCAAGUCGUGGUGGUGACUGGAGCUGGUAAUGGUCUUGGAAGACAAUAUGCACUCUUUUUUGCAGCUCGUGGUGCCAAGGUAGUGGUCAACGAUCUCGGCGGAAAUGCUUUUGGCAAGGACAAGGAGGGCAAAGGACAGUCUCGUGUCGCUGAUGCGGUGGUCAAAGAGAUCAGAGACGCAGGAGGCAUCGCGGUCGCAAACUAUGACCCGGUCCAGCAAGGCGACAGGAUCAUCAAAACUGCAGUCGACAAUUUCGGAACAGUUCAUGUGCUGAUCAACAAUGCCGGUAUCCUUCGCGAUGUGACGAUACGUAACAUGAAAGAUGCAGACUGGGACAUCAUCAUGGAUGUUCACGUGCAUGGAAGCUUCAAGACAGCUCGGGCUGCGUGGCCCUUCUUCAAGAAGCAGAAAUAUGGAAGAAUCAUCAAUACAAGUAGUUCGUCAGGACUGUUCGGAAAUUUGACAAGCAACAAGUUCGGACAAUCUAAUUAUGCUGCUGGCAAAAUGGCCAUGGUAGGUUUCACCAAAACCCUUGCUAAGGAGGGCGCCAAGUACAACAUCACUUGCAACGUCCUCGCCCCAGGAGCAGCCUCACGCCUUACACAAACAGUGUGGACGCCAGAAAUGAUGGACGUGAUGAGACCAGACUUUGUUGUGCCUCUGGUUGGUGUACUCUCACACGAGUCAUGCAGGGAGAGUGGCAGUAUUUUCGAAGCAGCUGCUGGACACUUUUCCAAGAUCAGAUGGGAGAGAUCAAAAGGUUUCCAGGCACGACCUGACGAUAGCUUGACCGCAGAUGUGUUACUGAAGAAUUGGAAACAAGUCGUUGAUUUCACAGAUGCCGAACAUCCAAAUCAGCCGUCUCAUCUUAUUGAACGUCUUAAGAAAGCAUUAGAGUUGCCGCCAGCAUCUGAGGAUAGCUCUAUAAGUCUUCAAGGCAAAGUCGCACUGGUCACAGGAGGUGGGGCUGGCCUGGGACGUGCCUAUGCUCUCGAACUGGGCAAAAUGGGCGCAAACGUGGUUGUUUGUGAUGUUAAGCUGGCAGACAAGGUAGCCAACGAGAUCAUUUUGGCAGGUGGUGACGCCCUCGCACUCAAUCUAUCGGUCGAGGCAGGUGAAGAAGUCGUCAAAGCCACAGUUGCUCAUUUCGGUCAAGUUGAUAUCCUGAUCAACAAUGCUGGUAUCCUAGGUGACAAAGCCUUCCAAAACAUGACGGAUCAGCAGUGGUAUACAGUCAUGAGUGUCCAUCUCAGAUCAACGUAUCGGAUCACAAGAGCGGCAUGGCCUUUUAUGAUGAAGCAGAGAUUUGGGCGUGUCGUCAAUAUCACAUCGACGAGUGGUAUUUAUGGUAACUUCGGACAGGCAAACUAUGCUGCAGCAAAAUGUGGCAUUAUCGGUUUCACCAAAACAACAGCUCGGGAGGGUGCCAAGUACAACAUUAAGAUUAAUGUCGUUGCACCUACUGCAGGAACUAACAUGACUCGCACAGUUUGGCCUGAAGCUGAGGUUCAAGCUUUGAAACCAGACUAUGUCGCACCUCUCGUUGGUCUGCUCUGUAGUGACCAGGCUCCAGUCACUGGUCAGAUUUUCGAGGCAGGAGGUGGCUGGUUCGCAAGCACGAGGUGGCAAAGAGCUCGAGGUGUCGACUUCGAGCAUGCGAAAGGCGUGCCGAGCGUGGAGGCUGUAAAUGACGCUUUUGCUGAGAUUUGCAAUUUCGACGAUGGUCAGGCUGAUAAUCCCGAGUCACCUGAGGAAGGGAGCAAAUACACGAUGGGCAAUGUACUGAAGAAUCCAAAAAUGGCAAGUUUGAAUCACCUUCUCAAACAAAAGGCUACUGCUGACAAGAACCAGGCUCAUAUGAGACCCGAAAAUCGCGCUGAACGUCAGCAAAGAUCGAAACAAGCCAGUAAGUUGUGA